ACUAGAAGCAGCGAGGCGGGAAGUGUUGCGCAGGCGCUUUUGGCAGACUCGCUAGGUGAGGAGCUCUUGGAGGCAGUGACCCAGGCAUCUAGGGAGCCACAGAGGUCGUAUUUCCUUAAACCUAUUCUAAUUUUCACAGCUGCUUUGUUCCCCCUGUGGACAUGACCCCUUAGCUGGCAUUUUGCAUCCCAGUUGUUUUGUGAUGGAGGCGUCUUUGGGGAUUCAGAUGGAUGAACCAAUGGCUUUUUCUCCCCAGCGUGACCAGGUUCAGGCGGAUGGCUCGUUAAAAAAAAAUGAGCAGAAUUUUAAACUACCAGGUGUUAAACAAGAUAUUGAGAAGCUUUAUGAAGCUGUACCACAGCUUGGUAAUCUGUUUAAGAUUAAGGACAAAAUUGGAGAAGGCACUUUCAGCUCUGUUUAUUUGGCCACAGCACAGUUACAAGUAGGACCUGAAGAGAAAAUUGCUCUAAAACACUUAAUUCCAACAAGUCAUCCUAUAAGAAUUGCAGCUGAACUUCAGUGCCUAACAGUGGCGGGGGGGCAAGACAAUGUCAUGGGAGUUAAAUACUGCUUUAGGAAAAAUGAUCACGUGGUUAUUGCUAUGCCGUAUCUGGAGCAUGAGUCCUUUUUGGACAUUUUGAAUUCUCUUUCCUUUCAAGAAGUACGGGAAUAUAUGUUUAAUCUGUUCAAAGCUUUGAAACGCAUUCAUCAGUUUGGUAUUGUUCACCGUGAUGUUAAACCCAGCAAUUUUUUAUAUAACAGGCGCCUGAAAAAGUACGCAUUGGUAGACUUUGGUUUGGCACAAGGAACCCAUGAUACGAAAAUAGAGCUGCUCAAAUUUGUCCAAUCUGAAGCUCAGCAGGAAAGUUAUUCACAAAAUAAAUCCCAUGUAAUCACAGGAAACAAGAUUUCGUUGAGUGGCCCAGCAAAACCUAAGGAGUCGGAUCAGCAGCCCACUGUGAAAACGUCUGUUAAAAGGCCCUACACAAAUGCACAGAGUCAGAUUAAACAAGGAAAAGAUGGAAAGGAGGGAUCUGUAGGCCUUUCUGUCCAGCGCUCUGUUUUUGGAGAAAGAAAUUUCAAUAUACACAGCUCCAUUUCACAUGAGAGCCCUGCAGUGAAACUUAUGAAACAGUCAAAGACUGUGGAUGUACUGUCUAGAAAGUUAGCAACAAAAAAGAAGGCUGUUUCUACAAAAGUUAUGAAUAGUGGUGUGAUGAGGAAAACUGCCAGUUCUUGCCCAGCUAGCCUGACCUGUGACUGUUACGCAACAGAUAAAGUUUGCAGUAUUUGCCUUUCAAGGCGGCAACAGGUUGCCCCUAGGGCAGGUACACCGGGAUUCAGAGCACCAGAGGUUUUGACAAAGUGCCCCAAUCAAACUACAGCAAUUGACAUGUGGUCUGCAGGUGUCAUAUUCCUUUCUUUGCUUAGUGGGCGAUAUCCAUUUUAUAAAGCAAGUGAUGAUUUAACUGCUUUGGCUCAAAUUAUGACAAUUCGUGGAUCCAGGGAAACUAUCCAAGCUGCUAAAACUUUUGGCAAAUCAAUAUUGUGUAGCAAAGAAGUCCCAGCACAAGACUUGAGAAAACUCUGUGAGAAGCUCAGAGGUAUUGAUUCUAACACUCCCCAGUUAACAGGUGAUAUACAAGGGCCUGCUUCUCAUGACCCAACUUUUUCAGAGAAGACUGACCAUAGAGCUGCUCACCUCAAACACACACCUCAAGCACAGCACUCGGGGAGUUCAUUGUAUGAAGGGGACAGUAAUGGCUGUGGGGGUAGUUUGAAUACGGAUGCUACCAAUUCAGAAGGCUGGAAUGAGGUACCUGACGAAGCUUAUGACCUGCUUGAUAAACUUCUAGAUCUAAAUCCAGCUUCAAGAAUAACAGCAGGAGAAGCUUUGUUGCAUCCUCUUUUUAAAGAUAUGAGCUUGUGAUUAUCAUUCUUCAUGUAAUGUUUGCUGUUGUGUAUUAUGAGAGGGGGUGAAAAAGAGUUCUUCAUAAUAGCUAUAGCUUCUAGAUGAGAGACCAGGGCAGGAUGAAUAAUUUAUUUAAAAAUUUUAGUAUUUGCUCUUUGGCAGAUUCUAAAAUACGGAUUAAGAUUAUUUAAAAUGCCUGGGAUAGUUCUUUGGGCUAACUACGUGAUGUUUGAGUUAGAGCUACCCAAGUAGAAUCCGAACUUUAGCUUCCCUAAUUACUUGUCACUGCCAUAUACAGAAAAGCAGCCGGUCUAGCCUAGUACGUAGGAGUUUAAGGCGUAAGUCUUAAAAUUAAUGGAUAUGAUCAGGACUAAGUGAGUCAAAAGACUUACUCGGUUUCAUUAAACUGUGAGCUGUGUGUACUUCUAGAAAACUCAACCUGGUGCUCUCACCAUUCUGUGGGUAAAGAAGGUCAUUUCCUCUUCUAGAGGCAUAGAUUCUACUUACGAACACUAAAACAAUGAGAAAAUGUUGGGGAUAAUAUCACUUAAAAUUGAAUUUAAUUUAUCCAUUUUUCAAAGUAUUUUAUUAAAAGUGUAUUUUGUGUGAAUUACCAUGUUUUUCUUAAUGGUUUCUCUCUUGAUUUUUCCACUUUCUCUUUCCCCACCUAACACAUUCUCUUGGAAAUAAUGUGCUUUCCACAAAGUUACCGGGUGCUUUGUUAAGUAUUGUAUUUGUUUACAGUUGGGAACUCACUGCAUACAUUGGUUGUUUAUAGGGAAGCUGCAGAGCCAAGGUGAAUACUGAUAGUCCAAAAUGUUUUUCUUUUUCUCACCAUCGUAGGUGUGAUUAGGUAGCUGCUAAGAGGAGAAAUAAAUACAGCCUUGAGAAUAGUAUUGGAGAUUUUUUCCUCUGUGUAGAGUCCUCAUCAUCUCUACGUCCUGUUACAGCUAAGUUGGUCCUGCUCAAAGAAGGUUGACUACUAGAGUCUUGGGUGCGUUGGGAAGAGAGAUAAGUCUCCGACUCUGGUCCUCUUCUACUUUGACCACUUAUGUAUUACUACAUUCCAAAACGAUAUAUGUCAUUGACAAUAUAUCAAACUCUCUGUGGGAAAUACGUCUGCGGGUAUGGAUCUGCUGAGAAGUUUCCCACUUAGUAGAGAUAGAGGAUAGAAACAGCCUAGGGAUAUAGAACAUACAUUUUGUUAUUUUGUGCAUUCAAGUCAGUAUGUCUACCCACUCUAUUUGGUAAGUAUAGUAUGUACAUAAACCAUGACCACUGGUGUGCUCUGUCUUCUCAUACUGUAAUCUUUAAAAACAAAACUUGAAUGUUCUUAAAUUUGUUUAAUAAAGUUAUUCUUUUA